CACCACCAUCGCCCCGAGCUCCCCCAGUCGUCGAAUAUUGCUGGCAAAAUGGAGAUCACCGAUUUUAUUUUCUCCCAGAGGGAGGAGAGUCUCUUGACGGGAAACUACAACGCUUAUCGAGCGCACACGACCCGCAAGUUGCACAGCGCCCGCCAGCGACUUGGACAGACAACCCCCAAACGCAGCAAGUACAUUGCCAAACGACCUGUGACGGCGGAAGAUGUGAACAGCAAUGUGGAAUAUGUCCACACCCUACUCAUCAGCGCCGAACGGGCAUGGGCGAACGCAAUGCACAUGAAGACCACUCACUCGGCAGACCCUUCGGCCAAGGGAAUUAGCGGUACGACCAGGGGUCACAUUAUUUCAAAACUCCGGAAGGCGGUUACAUAUGCGAAGCAAUUGGUGCUCGUUCUCGAGGAUCAGGAAACUUCUGGAGCUACGGACACUGAUGUCCUCGAAGCUCGUGCAUACCUGGCAUCCCUCUUGGGGGCAUUCUUCUUGGAGAAGCGCAAUUGGGAGCAGUGUCUUCAAAACUACUCCGUAUCCAGAGUCGUCUAUGCAGCUCUGGGUCAGCAAGUCAAGAAGGACGCCUUCCGAGACCUUCUUUCCGGCACUGUCGACCCCAGUAUAAGAUACGCAGCAUAUCAACUGAAGCUUCCGCGGUCAAAGCCCAUCCCGUCUUUGGCUCUUAGCUAUUUCCCAUCGGACGCGACCAUCAGGUCCGAGGUUGAGAAGUUGGACCCCAACUGUCUGAAGGAGGAUGCAGCAGGCACACGGAGGACCGCUGACGGGGAGGUGCAGCAACUCCCUGGAAGCAUCACAUGGAGAUCGCAUACAGUUGGUUUGGAAGAUGCCGCAAUCUCACAGGCUCUCGCGUCCGCAGCGGCAGCUGAAUCUCGUCUUAGUACAUGGCUUGCGGAAGACGAGGGUAAAAAUGCCUCUUCGAAAGAUAAAGCCGCUGCCUACGAUAACGUUAUCAUCGCCAGUCAAGAUGCCGUCGAUGCUACAAAGACUGCAAUCGAUGAUCUCGCCGGAGAGGGAGUUGACCCGAGUGAUAAGAGGAUGCAGGCUCUGCAAAUAACGCGGACUGCUGUUAACUAUGAUUUGGUUGGGUGGAGAAUCGGACGUAACCGUGUUCUUUGCGGAGACAACGACGGCGUUUCUUUCGAAUUUGCCCCGACCAAGCUACCCAAGGGUGCCAAGGCUUCUGACGAUGCCACCGGUAAGAAGCUGGCACGGCUGCGCGAAAGAGUCGUCCUGUACGAUUCUACCCUUCAAAGUAUCGAAUUCAUUCUUGAGCUUCCUGGAGUUGCAGCGGACACAGCGUUUGUCCGGGAGUUAGAUGCCAAGCGGCGGUAUUUCCGUGCUCUAAGAUGUCUGACCAUUGGAAGAUCACACGGAAUCCUGGGCAAGUCUACCAAUGCCCUCGCCCUGUUUGCGCAGGCUUUGGCCCUUGUCACGGAGACCGCACGGUCGCCGCAAUCCUUGACUGAAACGGAGGGGCCACCAAAGCUGGAUAUUUCCCGUAGCCAGGUCCAGACUCUGGAAUCCACCUUGAAGGGCCUUGUUGCGCAAUACCGCGGUUUGGUGACUCUGGAGAAGAUGUCCGCUGAAGCACAGUCGAACUCCGUGACUCAGCGCGCCGCAAUUGAGCGUCUACACGAUUACGCCGGUGAUGCUCUGGAUCUGACCAACAUUGUUCCUUAUCCCCCUCAGAUGCAACCGAUCCCAGUGAAACCUUUGUUCCUUGAUGUGGCUUGGAACUACAUCGACUACCCUCGCCAAGGUGCGCCUGCUGUAGACAGGGCUCAGGCUCAACCGGAACCACAACCGGAAGAGAAGAAGGGUGGACGACGCGGCUGGUUCGGCUUUGGUCGGUAGCCUUCUGAUUGUUCAGGCUACGAAAGGGUAUCUAACUCACCACCGGCUUCAUUGCCAUGACAUAGUGUGUAAUGUGCUAUUGCAUGUCAGCACCCACCAGGUGUAUCUAGCGUACAUAGUAAAUCUGAUGAUGAUGAUACUGCGAC